CGUCGGCUUCGCUUCGUCUUUCGUCUCUGAAAAGUGGGAAAACCUCUUAAUAUUUCUUUUAAUUUCCAUGCGUUUCGUCUCUUGAGGUAGUAAGAGGCGGAAAACAACUUAAUUAAGUACACUGAAGUGAUUUAAAGCAUUUAGACGAUUUCAAUGGCUUCGGAGACUCGAACUUCAAUCAUGGCACAUUCGAGAGUGGAUGGGAAGAAAGGAGAAGAGAAAGACACUGACAACAACCAACACGUGUCUAAGAUAGAAAGCGAUAGUGACGGGGAAUACCACGAGCCGGGGAUGAGAGUCGGUGAGGAGUACCAAGCCUCCAUACCAGAGCUCGUUACCGAGAACAAGGAGGAAGCUAAACAUGACUCAACUCUUCGCCAUAAUGCUCUUCUCGUGUGGGCCCCUGUUGAAGAUAUUCCAAAUUCAAAAUUGGAUGAUUAUGUAACAGUAGCAAAGGACAAGCAUGGAUACAAUGUUGAACAGGCACUUGGAAUGCUGUUCUGGCACAAGCAUAAUCUAGAUAAGUCUCUGACUGAUUUGGCAAACUUUACGCCUUUCCCAGAUGAGUGGAGCAUGGAAGAUAAGAUCCUGUUUGAACAAGCAUACAGUUCUCAUGGCAAAAGCUUCAAGAGGAUUCAACAAAUUUUGCCUGACAAAUCAGUAGCCACGCUAGUGAAAUAUUACUACUCCUGGAAAAAAACCAGAAGCCGAACCAGUUUGAUUGAUCGGCAAGCCAAGAAGAUGGCUGUUCAAAAGGAACCCAUCAAUGACCCUGAGAGUGACAAUAGUGACUCAAGUGACAGUGACUUUGAGCCAGAAAAAGAGGCAAGACAAGCAAAUGGUCAAAGCAAACCAAAGAUCAUGAACAAGCAGCCCAUUGGAGCAGCAACGGCAACAAACAUUUCUGGUUCUUGUGCAAAUUGCCGUACACAAGCUAAUCAACUGCAUGCCACCCAGAGGGGGAACAUGUGUAGUGCAUGUUAUCAGUUCUACAGUAAAAAAGUACAACACAAUUUGGCAGUACCAACUCUGAGUCUGGCCUCAUUUUACAGGAGAACAGGAACUCUGCGACCAAGGCAUGAAGGAAGAGAGACAAGAGCUGGCCACCGAGGAAACAAAGUAAAACGAAAAGCUCCUAAGGGAAUGGUUCUGUCACAGGAAUACCUUGUGUCUGUGUCUGGUACCCUUGGGGAUAAUCAUGUGCGACCUUUGGAGGUGGAUAUUGUCAACCUCAAGAGACAGAUCCAGACAAACAAGCAGGAGAUAAGUCAGCACAAGUACACGCUGGAUGGUGGUGUAGAAACUAUGAGACCAGGAGAUCAAAAUAACAAAAACAAUGCCAGAUGGUCAAACGAUGAGCUUCUCUUAGCGGUGCAAUCCGUUAGACGCUAUGGGAAAGACUUCCAAGCCAUGGCUGAAGUCUUGGGCAAUAAGAGUGUCAGCCAGUGCCGAAAUUUCUUCGUCAACUACCGAAGACGCUUCAAUCUUCAACAAGUUCUGGAAGAGUAUGAAGCGGAACAAGGAAUCACAAGCAGUGACAGAAAAGACGAUGACUUGCAGGUUCUGCACAUGUCAGGAUCUCCCGGAAGCAGUGGAAACUCAUCUCCCAAUCAACAAGACAGGUCCUCUCCGUCCAUUCCCAAUCAGGGCCUCCCCAGUCAGCCGCCGCCUCUUCUAAAGCCGUCUGGAUCACAAGCUCAACGUCAUCCUCCCCCCUUGCAAGCUCAGGUCGGAGUCCCACGAACCAGUCAGGGGGGUCUGCAGGGCCCGCCUCCACUGAUAAAACCAAUGGUCCCACCUAUACGACCACAGCCACUUCAUCCUCAAGCGAACCCAAUGAUGCGGCAAUCCCCGCCAGCUCACUCACAUCUAAUUCAACAAAUGAUGGAGCAAAAACCCCUCGGUGGUCCUGUCGGUAGAUCUGAAUCACCGCAUAGUGCCUCUGGUACCCCUCCCUUGCGGCAGACACGCUCUGGCAUGUGAUACUAAUGUUUGAGAGUUGGGAAUUUGAAUUCACACUAGUUAGGUGAAAGUAUAUAUAUUUUUCUGCUGAAAAAAAAAAACGUUAGGGUUUUUAAGUUUGAAUCCUGUUUCAUGUAAGUGAUUGAAUUGCAUUGUAGGAGUGUUGAAGUUUUUGUAGUGGUAUGCGAGCGGCUGAAGCAAUUGAGUUAGAAACCGUUUUGAGCGCUUUUCGAUUGAGUGUCGACAACAGCCAACCAUAGUAAGGAAAAUACACCAGGAGUCAGUGAGAACUCGUGGUAAAAGAACAAGCAAGCUGCCUUAAGAGCGGGAAAAGCGAGUGACCAAGCAGCAUUUAGUUUUGAUUUUAAAUCUGAUUGGUCGAAAAAGUGGCACGGGUUUUCUGGGCCAAUCAUACAGCGACGUGAGCAAAACCCACCCUCAACACUCAGUUGAAAAGUGCUCUAUUCCAAAGGCUAUACUCCAAAAGUUCUCCUCAGAAGAAUGCUUUUCUAAGAACAACUAAACGGCAAUUAAAACAAAGAAAAUAUCCCAAGGAGCUAAUCUUAUCUCGAAUUUAUAGCCGUCAAACCACUGGGAGCGCAGGAAAUUGCGAAAACUUCACAAUAUGUCAUGACUAACUGAGUUCAGAACAAAUUGAAAUUUCAGUUUUCUCCUUAUUCUCACAAUCUGACCAAUCUCUAACUAACGUUUGAUUCAAUUUCGUGAGCCGACGAAAUAUCACCGUGCUCUAAAAAUAUCAUAAUACUUUUCCUGAGGCCUCGUGUUGUCUCCGGAGGAGACCCGAGGACAAUCAGGGAUGAUAAACAAAACCGUGUUACUCUUAAAGUGACUGCGUUAAAUUUUAUGCUUUGUUGACUACUUGCGUUUUGUUAAAGAUCAGAGCUCUUCUCUUCCCUUUCAUUUUAUUGUCACAGUUAAGCGAUUCACCAACAGACUAUUAAGUUGAAACAUCUUGUACAGCUUGAAAUAAACAGUACCUUGUAUAA